CCCCCCCUUUGGUCCAAGCCGGAGCUCGCUAGCUGGUCUGCAGAAGCAGCUCUCUCUCUAUCUGUCUCUCUGCCUGUCUCUGUCUCUCUCUCUCUCUCUCUCUCCAUCACCCUUUAUUACUGCUAGUUAUAGUUAGUUUAGUAGACUAGGGGUCGACCCGAGCUGCACAUGAUGUCUGCCGCCGGUUCUCCAGCCGCCUCGCCGUCCAUUCAGAUCUGCAGGAUCAUGGGUCCUGAUGAUGCCAACAUCGUGGGUAAUGUCCACGGUGGCACAAUCCUGAAAAUGAUUGAGGACGCUGGUUGCAUCAUAGGAACACGCCACUGCAACACUCAAACAGGGGAUCGCUGUGUGGCUGCUUUGGCUCGAGUGGAGCGCACUGAUUUCUUGUACCCCAUGUUCAUCGGUGAGGUGGCACACGUGAGCGCUGAGAUCACCUACACUUCCAAGCACUCCGUGGAGGUGCAGGUCAAUGUCCUGUCUGAAAACAUACUCACAGGUGCCAAGAAGGUGACCAACAAAGCAACGCUGUGGUAUGUUCCUCUUUCCCUUCGGAACGUGGACAAAAUCAUUGAAGUCCCUCCAAUUGAGUAUACCAGCACUGAAAGUGAAGAGCUGGGUAAGAAGAGGUACGAGGCUCAGAAGCUUGAAAGAAUGGAGACAAAAGAGAGGAACGGCGAGGUCAUUACACCGAUCUCUUUUCCUGAAAGACAUACAAAAGAGCCCUAUACUGUUGGAUUCAGCCAGUCAAGUCUCAUCCACCUGAUUGGCCCCUCAGACUGCACUCUGCAUGGCUUUGUUCACGGCGGUGUGACCAUGAAGCUGAUGGAUGAGGUGGCAGGGAUUGUGGCAGCUCGUCACUGCAAGACCAACAUUGUGACUGCGUCUGUGGAUGCCAUUAACUUCCACCGCAAGAUCAAGAAAGGUUGCGUGAUCACAAUAUCUGGACGGAUGACCUUCACCAGUAACAAGUCGAUGGAGAUUGAAGUGUUUGUGGAUGCCGACUCACUGUUGGAAACUGACAAAGGGAAAUACCGGGCAGUCACCGCCUUCUUCACCUACAUCUCUCUGGACAAAGAGAACAAGCCCUUGCCUGUGCCCCCGCUGAAGCUGGAAGGUGAAGAAGAGCAGAAGCGGUUUGAGGAAGGGAAGGCGAGGUAUCUUCAGAACAAGGCGAAGAGGCUGGCGGAUAAGGAGCUCAAACAAUGACAUGUCCCACAAUCAAAUCUUUCGUGGUAUUGUAGCUGAAUAUUCCAGAAACGUCCAAUCUUGUUCUUUGUUGUGUUAAAACUGCUACUCUUUUAUGGUUCUUGUAGUUGAUUGAAUGGAAGGGGAAUGUGUAUGUAAUUUUACUUGACUUGAAUGGUUCUUUUGACUCCUGAUGUUUGACUGCUGCAUACCAAAGCUUUGUGUAUGUGGAGGUUUGAUGAAAGAGAAUAUUAUAUAAUGUAAAGCUAUUUUAACUCUAAAGAGAUUUAUUUAUGAAACGCCUUGAUCAUUCUGUGCGGGAAGAAAUUGGAGAUGAACAUGAUGCACUAAUAAAAACUUACGUGAACUUCA